AUGGCGGGUUUUGCGUCCCAAGCAGCGCUGCGUUCGAAAUGGGGCGACCUGGUUGACAGUGGUUCCGCCAGCAUCGAAACAUCGGAAGUGUCUCAGGGACUGAAGAAUGUCGUCGGCUGGCUCAAACAGGCAUCGGUCGAAGUGCGGGAAGCCGGCAAGCGUGCCGUCACUCAGCUCCAGACAAGCACACCGAACCUGCUGCACCUGGCGCCGGGAACACUGAUUAAGCAGGGCAUCUACGUGAAUGAGCGGGACAGCACGAUGAGCGCUGCCGUACCGAACCACGACAAGCUAACCAUCGUGCACUACAACGACGUGUACAACAUCGAUGCCACCUGCAAGCAGGAACCGAUCGGUGGGGCCGCCCGGUUCUGUACCGCCGUCAAAUCCUUCGCCCACCUGAACCCGCUGGUGCUGUUCAGCGGUGAUGCGUUCUCGCCCAGCAUGCUCAGCACCUUUACGCGGGGAGAACAAAUGGUUCCUGUACUGAACUCCGUCGGCACGCACUGCGCUGUGUUCGGAAAUCAUGACUUCGAUCACGGCUUGGACGUACUGGCCGACUGGGUCGAGAAAACCAGAUUUCCCUGGUUGAUGUCCAACGUGGUCGACAAUGAGACGGGUAGACCCUUGGGGGGCGGUAAGAUCACGCACAUUAUGCACCACAACGACGUCAAGGUGGGCCUGAUGGGACUCGUGGAGAAGGAAUGGCUGGACACACUGCCAACGAUCGAUCCGAAUGAGGUGACCUACAUUGACUUCAUCAAGGCUGGCAACCAGCUGGCGGACGAACUGCACAAUCAGGGAUGCGAUAUCGUCAUUGCACUGACCCACAUGAGAACGCCGAACGAUAUCGAGCUGGCUAAGCAUUGUGGGCACAUUGAUUUGAUACUGGGCGGGCACGAUCAUGUGUUUGAGAUUUUGAAUAUCGAAGGGACGCACGUGGUCAAAUCGGGAACAGAUUUUCGACAAUUCUCACGGAUUGGUGUCGACACGGAGCGGGAUGAGCAAGGCAAAAUUAGCAUUUCGGUAGAGAAGGUGGAUGUUAGCUCGACGAAAUACAACGAAGAUCCUGAGUUGAAGGAAGAACUUAAGAAGUAUUCGGAGACGAUCGAAUCGAAGAUGGAUGAAGUUUUGGGAACGUUUUCAGUGGAGCUUGAUGGACGCUUCGCGUCCAUUCGCACUUCGGAAACCAAUCUGGGUAAUUGGAUCUGUGAUAUAGCGUUGGCUGCAACGGGAGCGGAUGCGGUUAUGAUCAAUUCGGGCACAUUCCGGUCCGAUCAAAUUCAUCAGGCGGGUCCGUUCACGAUGCGUGACCUGGUGAAUAUUAUUCCUAUGCAGGAUCCGCUGAUCGUGCUAGAAGUGACGGGUAAAAUUCUACAUGAAGCAUUGGAAAAUUCGGUAUCGACCUAUCCCAAAUUGGAAGGUCGUUUCCCGCAAAUCGCAGGAAUGUCGUUUGCAUUUGAUCCGACACAACCGCCAGGGAAGCGCGUGGAGCCGUUGCUAAUUCGAAUCGGCGAUGAGUGGCUCAAUUUGGAUCAAACGUACACCUUGUGCGUGAAAAGCUACAUUCACGGUGGCUGUGAUGGUUACACCAUGUUCAAGGGGUGUAAGGUUUUGAUGGACGAUGACGCUGCACCCGAGCUGGGCCUGGCAAUCCAGAACCACUUCAAGGCGAUCGACGUUCGGAUGGGCAAAACGCAUCAUACUAAGCAUCGACAAUCGCUGGUGACCCUGUCGCGCCGGCACAGCAUGAUUCAGAUGUUGGAGAAUUUGGAACUGGACGGACCGACACCGAUCAGGCGGAAAUCGACCGUCUUGCAGCCACGGCAUGCCAGUAUGGAACACGUCAAUCGUGGAAAGUUAUUGAGACGAGCCUCAUUGGACGAUUUGGAGCAAAACAGUUGUCAGCUGGCUCCCACGAUUCAACAUCGAAUAGUCGUUGUGCAGAAUCAAGAGCACAUGCACGAAAUGAUUUUGCGACGGGAAACCAUGGAGAAGAACUCGGUCAUCAAGGAAACCGACGAGCUGACGCCGUAA